AAACCGUCACGAUGUUCCGGAUGACAUGAACAUUAGAUGAGGUGUGUAUUUAUAGCGCUCUAGUCAGUAGGCGGCCAGUACUGUUCAGAUGGAUUACCUCCAGCUUUAUCUGAAAAAUGAAUACACGAGAGACAAAGAAGUUAUAUCUACGUUUUUCCAAAAAUACGAUCAAAAUGGGGAAGGAUUUCUUUCUUCCGAGCAGUUCCGUUGUUUUGUGGAGGAAAAUUUUGACUGCUCAGAUACAAAUGCGAAAUCCAGGAGCGACAGCAUUUUGAGAAUAUUUCAACUUAUUGACAUAAAAAAGGAUGGAAAGCUGGAUGAGCAGGAGUGGGAAAUGGCUUGGUACUACUGGCUCAAACAGAUUCUGUCCCCCGUGACAGCCCUCCUCAUCAUCGACGUCCAGAACGACUUCAUCAAUGGCAGUCUGGCCCUCUCCAACUGUCCGGCCGGUCAGGAUGGGUUUGGAGUGGUGCCCAUCAUCAACUCCAUCCAGGGACACAUCAGCUUCGACGUGGUUGCCUACUCCAAGGACUGGCACCCACCCAACCACAUAUCCUUCAUCGACAACAUCAACAGCAGACCAUUGCAUUCCUCUUCCAAGGUAUCGGCCAGCGAGGCAACAGUGACAGACACUGUGGUGUUCGCCGGGCCCCCUGUCACUGAGCAGGUGAUGUGGCCUCGGCACUGUGUUCAAGAUUCGCGAGGGGCUGACUUUCAUCCUGACCUCAUGGUGCUGGACAAGUCGUAUGUGGUGAACAAGGGCACCCACCCUGAUGUAGACAGCUACUCCGCUUUCUGGGACAACAACAAGCUGUCACAGACCAAGCUUGUCAACAUCCUCGCCAAACACAAGGUCACAGAUGUGUAUGUGUGUGGCCUUGCUUAUGAUGUGUGUGUAGGGUCAACAGCACUCCAUGCUUUGGAGCAUGGAUUCAGAACGGUUCUGAUUGAGGAUGGAUGUCGUGGUGUUUGUCUGCAAGGUAUCGACGACAUGAGACAGAAGCUGAUCAGUAAUGGAGCAUAUAUCGGCACAUCUGAUGAGGUGCAGGACCUAGUGUCAGCCAAGAAGCGCCCUCUACUGCUGGCUGUGAAAGCUGCUGAAAAUUAUGCCAUGGCGAGAAGAAUAGUCCAGUCAAAGGAAGUGUAGCGGGAGAUGAUAUGCUGAGUGCCAGUGUACAUGACUAGGCUGCCCCUCCUCCCCCAAAUGCUAUGUAUGUGGCGUGCUCUAUAUAUGAUGCGCUAUGUGAACAAGUCAGUCUUCAGUCUGUUGUGUCUCUGGGAAUUAUUUUGUAUUAAGUUUUCUUAAUGCUUGGUUUAUUGUCUUGAAAUACACUAGUCAUGUUGUUCAUUGAUUUAAUGAUAACAAACAUGUCCAUUUAUUUUGGAAUGGAAAGAAUCUAUUCAAAGAAACUUCAAGAUGUUUUUUUGUUUUAACCAACCAACAAUUAAAUUAAAUAUUUUUUGCAAUUUUCGACAAUAGACAGUAGU